GCACAAAAGACACCUCAAUGCAGUCGCCUUUAACAGGAUACAGGUCCCUAUAAACAGCUGACAGAUUAGAAGAAACUCGAGCCCGAGUCAAGAUCGAGACAGAAAGCGGGGCGAAGACACGAGGUGACGAAGGUGCCAUCGCGUCGCAGCUUCCUCCGAACAACAUGCUCCGCACUUGACGAUACCCUAGGAUGAUUUUCGUGAACGAUGAUGAAAGGCCAGUCUGGAAGGCUCGAUUUCGUCACUCCAUUGGACCUGCCAAAACAGCCUCCAGGCUUGGACAUUGUAAGUUUGAGAUUCACGUGUAGCCGUCGAGGCUGUGGACAAAACAAAACCUCAUCGACGAGCACGCUUCACGCAUUCCAGUCAUCGUCAUCUCUGCAUCUCAAAAUUUUCUCUUUGCUGCCUUCGACAACCCGUCAUUGCAUCUGAUUCACUGCUCGACUGUCUUGCCCUUGUGUUCAAAUACUUGGAUUGAAGCAUGGAAGAAGCUCACAAGGUGCACUCGCAAUCUCCCCUCUACAGCGACGAAAAGGCACAAUCACCACGCAAAAUCUCGUCGUUUCGUCGACACAGAUACCGCACACUCGGCGCUGUGGCGACCACUAUUGCUAUACUAGGCAUCACCCUUGGUGUAGGGCUCGGUGUUGGACUCACCAACUCCGGAGAUGCCCCAUCAUCCACUUCCACCGUAACCUCGGACAAGCGCUCUAGUCCUCCCAUUGCGACUGCAUCACAAGGAUUGAGCUGUCAAGCUGGGAGUUUGAGUCUUCUUGGUGGCCUCAAUGUUGUGGCCAACACGACCCCGCUAUGGCAACCUCUGCCUGGUACACCCUGGCAGAUCGUUCUCAAUAGCCCUAUCGAUGCGUCUCGAUCUCUCACACCGGCUUUGUCUGUCUACGAUAUCGACAUGUAUGGCAACUCAGCUUUGACCAUACAGCAGAUGCAUCUCCAAGGGAUCAAGGUCAUUUGCUACUUCUCAGCCGGCAGCUGGGAGAUCUACAGACCAGACGCCGGCAUGUUCCCACCGCAGGAUAUCGGAAAUGACUUACACGGCUGGCCUGGUGAACGAUGGCUGAACACUGAGAGUAAAGCUGUGAGAGAUAUCAUGGCGAACAGGAUCAAGCUGGCAGCUGAAAAAGGCUGCGACGCUGUCGAUCCGGACAAUGUGGAUGGCUUUGGAACCGACACAGGAUUUCCGCUCACCUCAGGCACCGCCUUGAACUACCUUUCCUUCCUGUCUUUGACAGCUGCAUCCUACAACAUGGCCAUCGGUCUCAAGAACGCCGGUGAGAUUGCCGCUAAUGCCACCUGCAUGGUCGAGUUCGCUAUCAUCGAGUCAUGUAUCGCCAAUGGCGAAUGCGACAUCUACCAGAACUUCAUAGCGGCCGGUAAACCAGUGUUCCAGAUCGAGUAUCCAUUCGGUGCACCCACCAGAGUCAGCAAGCAAGAUCUAGCGAAGUCAUGUAAGAUCAAGGGUAACGAGGGAUACUCGGAAGUCAUCAAGGGUAAAGAGCUGGGUGGGUGGGUUGAAUACUGUGAUGGUACUAUCUUCAAUACCGCGACCUAUGGAUGAGUAGUAGCAGGUAGGGAAGGCACUUAAAGUUGGAAACGGAGCUCUAUGUAGUACUUGGAUGAGACAUGAAUUCAUCUGGAGUUCUUGUUCAGACGUUCCAUAUAUAUUUCGACUUUCUAUCUGAACUAGACGAUGUUUCUCAAAGGGUCAAGAAAGAUGCAGGC